UGCCUCCCGGCUUCCCUAGGGUGGUUGGACUUCACCAAACAUGUCGGCUCCUGUCGGGCCGCGGGGUCGCCCGGCUCCCACCCCGGCGGGCUCUCAGCCGCCUCUGCAGCCCGAGAUGCCCGACCUUAGCCACCUCACGGAGGAGGAGAGGAAAAUCAUCCUGGCCGUCAUGGAUCGGCAGAAGAAAGAAGAGGAGAAGGAGCAGUCGGUGCUGAAGGUCAAAGAAGAACACAAACCACAGACGACACAGUGGUUUCCCUUUAGUGGGAUCACUGAACUGGUAAAUAACGUUCUUCAGCCCCAGCAAAAACAACAAAAUGAAAAGGAGCCCCAGACAAAACUUCAUCAGCAGUUUGAAAUGUAUAAGGAGCAGGUAAAGAAGAUGGGUGAAGAAUCACAGCAGCAGCAAGAACAGAAGGGUGAUGCUCCAACCUGUGGCAUCUGCCACAAAACCAAGUUUGCUGACGGAUGUGGCCAUAACUGUUCAUAUUGCCAAACCAAGUUCUGUGCUCGCUGUGGAGGUCGAGUGUCGUUACGCUCAAACAAGGUUAUGUGGGUAUGUAAUUUGUGCCGAAAACAACAAGAAAUCCUCACUAAAUCAGGAGCAUGGUUUUAUAAUAGUGGAUCUAAUACACCACAGCAACCUGAUCAAAAGGUUCUCCGAGGACUGCGGAAUGAGGAGGCGCCUCAGGAGAAGAAAGCAAAACUGCAUGAGCAGGCCCAGUUCCAAGGACCCUCAGGUGACUUAUCUGUACCUGCAGUGGAGAAAAGUCGAUCUCAUGGGCUCACAAGACAGGAUUCUAUUAAAAAUGGGUCAGGAGUGAAGCACCAAAUUGCCAGUGACGUAGCUUCAGACAGGAAAAGAAGUCCAUCAGUGUCCAGAGAUCAGAACAGAAGAUACGACCAAAGGGAAGAAAGAGAAGAAUAUUCACAGUAUGCUACUUCGGACAGCGCAAUGCCUAGAUCUCCAUCAGAUUAUGCUGAUAGGAGGUCUCAACGUGAACCUCAGUUUUAUGAAGAGUCUGAUCAUAUAAAUUAUAGGGACUCCAACAGGAGAAGUCAUAGACAUUCCAAAGAAUAUAUUGUAGAUGACGAGGAUGUGGAGAGUAGAGAUGAAUAUGAAAGACAGAGGAGAGAGGAGGAAUACCAGGCGCGCUAUCGAAGUGAUCCGAAUUUGGCCCGUUAUCCAGUCAAGCCACAGCCCUAUGAAGAACAAAUGCGUAUCCAUGCUGAAGUGUCACGAGCCAGGCAUGAGAGAAGGCACAGUGAUGUUUCUUUGGCAAAUGCUGAACUGGAAGACUCCAGGAUUUCUAUGCUAAGGAUGGAACGACCAUCAAGGCAAAGGUCUAUAUCUGAACGUAGAGCUGCCAUGGAAAAUCAGCGAUCUUAUUCAAUGGAAAGAACUCGAGAGGCUCAGGGACCAAGUUCUUAUCCACAAAGGACCACAAACCAUAGUCCUCCUACCCCCCGGAGGAGUCCAAUACCCAUUGAUAGACCAGACUUAAGACGUACUGACUCACUAAGGAAACAACACCACCUAGAUCCUAGUUCUGCUGUAAGGAAAACGAAGCGGGAAAAAAUGGAAACAAUGUUAAGGAAUGAUUCUCUCAGUUCUGACCAGUCAGAGUCAGUGAGACCUCCACCACCAAAGCCUCAUAAAUCAAAGAAAGGAGGUAAAAUGCGCCAGGUUUCACUGAGCAGUUCAGAGGAGGAAUUAGCUUCUACACCUGAAUAUACCAGUUGCGAUGAUGUUGAGAUUGAAAGUGAGAGUGUGAGUGAAAAAGGGGACAGUCAAAAGGGAAAAAGAAAAACUAGUGAGCAGGCAGUUUUGUCGGACUCUAACACCAGGUCUGAGAGACAAAAGAAAAUGAUGUACUUUGGAGGCCACUCUUUGGAAGAGGAUUUGGAAUGGUCUGAGCCUCAGAUUAAGGACUCUGGGGUAGAUACGUGUAGUAGCACAACCCUUAAUGAGGAGCAUAGCCAUAGUGAUAAGCACCCUGUGACGUGGCAGCCAUCUAAAGAUGGAGAUCGUUUAAUUGGUCGCAUUUUAUUAAAUAAGCGUUUAAAAGAUGGAAGUGUACCUCGAGAUUCAGGAGCAAUGCUUGGCUUGAAGGUUGUAGGAGGAAAGAUGACUGAAUCAGGUCGGCUCUGUGCAUUUAUAACCAAAGUUAAAAAAGGAAGUUUAGCUGAUACUGUAGGACAUCUUAGACCAGGUGAUGAAGUACUAGAAUGGAAUGGAAGACUAUUACAAGGAGCCACAUUUGAAGAAGUAUAUAACAUCAUCCUGGAAUCCAAACCUGAACCACAGGUGGAGCUUGUUGUUUCAAGGCCUAUUGGAGAUAUACCUAGAAUACCUGACAGCACACACACACAACUGGAGUCCAGUUCUAGCUCAUUCGAAUCUCAAAAAAUGGAUCGUCCUUCUAUUUCUGUUACAUCUCCCAUGAGUCCUGGCAUGUUGAGGGAUGUUCCACAGUUCUUAUCUGGACAACUUUCAAGCCAAAGCCUUAGUAGAAGAACAACGCCUUUUGUUCCUAGGGUUCAGAUAAAACUGUGGUUUGACAAGGUUGGUCACCAAUUAAUAGUUACAAUUUUGGGAGCAAAAGACCUCCCUUCCAGGGAAGAUGGAAGGCCAAGGAAUCCUUAUGUUAAAAUUUACUUUCUUCCAGACAGAAGUGACAAAAACAAGAGAAGAACUAAAACAGUGAAGAAAACUUUGGAGCCCAAAUGGAACCAAACAUUCAUUUAUUCUCCAGUCCACCGAAGAGAAUUUCGGGAACGAAUGCUGGAGAUUACCCUUUGGGAUCAAGCUCGAGUUCGAGAGGAAGAAAGUGAAUUUUUAGGAGAGAUUUUAAUUGAAUUAGAAACAGCAUUAUUAGAUGAUGAGCCACAUUGGUACAAACUUCAGACUCAUGAUGUUUCUUCAUUGCCACUUCCCCAUCCUUCACCAUAUAUGCCACGACGACAACUCCAUGGAGAGAGCCCAACACGGAGGCUGCAAAGAUCAAAGAGAAUAAGUGAUAGUGAGGUCUCUGAUUAUGACUGUGAUGAUGGAAUUGGUGUAGUAUCAGAUUAUCGACACAAUGGUCGAGAUCUUCAAAGCUCAACAUUGUCAGUGCCAGAACAAGUAAUGUCAUCAAACCACUGUUCGCCAUCAGGGUCUCCACACCGAGUAGAUGUUAUAGGAAGGACUAGAUCUUGGUCACCCAGUGUCCCUCCUCCACAGAGUCGAAAUGUGGAGCAGGGACUUCGAGGGACACGCUCUGCUAUAGGACAUUAUAAUACAAUUAGCCGAAUGGAUAGACACCGUGUCAUGGAUGACCAUUAUUCUCCAGACAGAGACAGGGAUUGUGAAGCAGCAGAUAGACAGCCAUAUCACAGAUCCAGAUCAACAGAACAGCGGCCUCUCCUAGAGCGGACCACCACCCGCUCCAGAUCCACUGAACGUCCUGAUACAAACCUCAUGAGGUCGAUGCCUUCAUUAAUGACUGGAAGAUCUGCCCCUCCUUCACCUGCCUUAUCGAGGUCUCAUCCUCGUACUGGGUCUGUCCAAACAAGCCCAUCAAGUACUCCAGUGGCAGGACGAAGGGGCCGACAACUCCCACAGCUUCCACCAAAGGGAACAUUGGAGAGAAACAAUGGAGUCAAGGAGAUAGAACCUUAUGAAGGUCUGUACAUAAAGGAGGGUUUGUUUUGUGCUGAUAGCCUUUUUGGGGGGCUAUGUGAGCAAAAAUAAACCCAACUGCAAUUGAUGUUCCUUCACUGUAUAGACUUUUAUUACAGUAAAAUUAUUUUGUUUUAUGAUUCUGAUAAAGUGUUCAAUUUUUGUUUUACUUUAAAAAUAUACAAAGGAGUUAAAUUUCUUUGAUUCAGUCAAGUAAGAAUACAAAGAAUUUAGCUUCUUUUCAAUCACAAGGUAAAUUUUGCUUUUUUUUAAAAUUUGCUUUGACAUAAAAUUUUAUAUUUUGUGGAAGACUUUAACCAAAGAUGUCAAUUGCAGUCUGUGUUUAUGUCAUUGAGGAUAUACACCUAGUCUAGUUAUAAUUAUCAUCAUAUAUUUUAUUUUGUGUUUAUGAUGAUUUUUAAAUUAUUUAAUUUUGGCUUUCUAGAAAAGGAAGUUUUUUUAAUUAGAUAGUGAUUGUGCUUCAUAUUUCCUGCAUCAUUUUUUAUGUUAUAGCAAGACUGUUUAUAGUAUAAUAAAGUUAAAUAUGUACCAUUUUGUUAUCCAUGCUACAUUAUGACUCAAGAGGAAAAAUAUUGAGUCUUGCUAUAUGGAAUGUCAUACAUUUACCAAGACAAUAAAAAUUCCUCUGCUGAUUAUAGAAUUCUGCAGAUGAUGUUGUAACUUUGAAGAACUGUCAGCUAUUUUAUUUACUGGUGAAUCUCCAGCACGUAGAAUAAUGCCUGGCACAUUAUAGGCGCUCAAUAAAUAUUUGUUGAAUGAAUGCAUGUAAUAUUUAUUAACAAAUUGGAAAGCUACUUCAAAUAGUAUAGCAAGUACCAUUAAAAUAAACUUGUCAUUCUAUAUAUGUUUAUAGUAAAACUCACGUUUCUAUAACCUAUUGGUAACACUUUUUUAAGUGUAUUGCAUUUGGGCAGCAGUACUUUUAUUGCCUUACAGAACUCAAACCAGGCUGUAUUCUUGUUAGUUGCAGUUGAAUGAUUUAUCAACUCCUAUUUUGUGGUCCUUUUUAUUUGCUAUGUACUAUGAACUAUAAUUUUAAACAACUCAGCACUAUUGUGAUGGUUAUACAGCCUGAUGAAAAGAUUUUAGCAGCAUUCCUACAGUUCUCUAUUAUUUAUAUAAAAAUAGGAGUAUAUAGUUUUAAAAGUACCUUCCAUAAGGGAAGUUCUAUAAUACAUAUGGAAUAUUUGUCUCCUCUCCCCACAAAUUUUAAAGAUAGAGUUUUGGCAUCAUCUGUUGUCGUAUGAAGUCAGAAACACAGUUUAUGCCAUAAUUUUUUCUAAAUUCAAUUUUUAUAUCUUUAGUAGCAAUAUUCUUUUGAAAUAUGAGUGCUCCAUUCUUUGUAAUAAUAAAUAUACCAGAAAACUAACAUUAGAGCUGAUACUUGACAUUUUUAAUGAGCUUGUCAACAAACAUUCUAUUUACUGUCUGACUUUUGCUGUAUAGAAUGUAUUUAAAACUACAGUUUUCCUUUAAUGUCCACAAUUGUGACUUUUCCAUUUUUAUAAAUGAAAGAGAGCAAAAAAACUUCUUUUAUUCUUUCCAGUAUAAAUUAAAAUGCUUUGGAGAGGGUUUGGUUUUUUGUUUUGCUUAAGAGUGUGGAUGAUUAUAGCAGUGUUUUCAUAAAUAUUAAUAUGAAGAUUCCAGCAAAUACAUGAUUGUAUCAUUUAGUUUAGCUUUAAUGGCUAUAUAUAUUCUACUUUUCUAACUGAAGGUAAAGGUAUAAUGCAAAAUUGACUAUUGAUUAAUGGUCUAAAUUAAAUUAUGUUUGGAUUAUCUCUUUAAAAGUUGUCAGACAUUAUAAUUCAGUGACUGUUUUAGAAUCAAAUUAAUGGCAUGUUUAUCUUCUGAUUCUGUUCAAUAGCUGAAAAAUGAGAAUGUCCUAGUUUAAUUCCUUUUGACUUGGAAUGUAUUUAUCUAUUAAUUAAAUUAAUUAAAAGCCUUAUAUGUGUUGGUCUUGACAGUGGUACAAUAUUAGUUAAAAUCUGAGAGAGAAAAUGGAAACAAUAUAAAGAAAGUACAAUGUACUAAAUCCUGUAAGACAUUAUUAUUUUUAAUUUCCCCCAACUUUGAUGUACUGCAAUUUAUAAAAAUAAGAACGAGUUUAUAAUGUUAUUUUUUUGUUUCUCUAGAAGAAAAGUUAUAUUAUUUUUCUAAGAAUAUAUCGUUUAUAGAUGAAGUAUUUUGUCUUUCUCACAGUUGUUAUGUAUUAAAGAUGUUUAUGGGCCACAAUUUCUUUUACAAAUCGAAGUUAUCAUAAAAGGAGACAGUAUGAUAACUUAUUCACAGUAUACUUACUUGUUUCCCUAACAUGUCAGAAACUUGUUAAAAAAUAAUCUAUUCAAUUCCUUAUAAUCACUCAUUGUAUCAUGAAUAAUUUGAAAGUUUUUGUUUUAUUUUAUUGAGGAGUAACAAAUGUACGUGUCUGGUCUUAUCCUUUUCUUUACUUGUGCAUAUACAGAAGUUAAUGAAGAAACUAGACAUGUGGAAGAGCAGGGGGGAGAAAAGCAGGGUGAAGAGGUCAAAGCAGGUCUGUCUGUGUGUUUAAAAUAAAUAAUCAAACGUUGUAGAAGUAUGACUUUUCUAUUUCAUGUAAGACUUUAGGCUUCAGAUUUAUAAUCUGGAAUAGAGAACAGAUUGUUCAGUCCUAAUUUUAAAAUAAUUACUUAAUUUUAUUGAUGGAGAGAUAUUACAUGAGCUAAGUAACUUAUCAGAAUAUUUAAUUUACCUGUUUGAACAUUCUCCUUGUUGUUUAAAUCAAAGUGAAAUUAUAGACAAUGCAUCUGACCAAGGUUUAUACUUAUCCUUUACCCCAGCUUUACAUUCAGUUCAUGCAGUACCUACUGAAACACUGUAUUUUGCCAUGUGUUUCACUGAGUACAGAUACAUUGAAGUCCUAGAUUCUCCUCUCAACAAGUUUGAUUUUUUAGAGGUAAAUUACAAGUAAAUUUGGGAAAAAUAUAAAUUUAAAAAUUUUAGUUCUUGAAACUUUUAGAAACCAUCAUAAUUUAUCCAUAAAAUUUUCUCUACAAUAAGGUCAGGGACUCCCCUGGUGAUCCAGUCAUUAAGAAUCUGCCUUGCAAUGUAGGGCAUGUGGGUUUGAUGCCUGCUUGGGGAACUAAGAUCCCACAUGCCAUGGGGCAACUAAGCCAAAAGAAAAAAAAAAAAAGAACAAUUAACUGUAGGUUCCUCUUCAUCCCAGCUCAGUAUUGCUCUAAUAUUUAUUGACAAUCCUAAUUUCUCUUCAAAGAGUCCUCCUUCUACAUGGAAUGAAGACACUUCAUUUUGGUAUUUUUAAGCCCCAAUUAUGUUUACAUAUCAUAAUUUUUGCUUUAUCAAAAUGUUUAUGAAAGGAUUUAACUCAGCAGUAUAUUGUGAUCCUGAAUAGUAGUGUGGACUCUACGUGCCUUUUGUUCUCUCCUUUAUCUUGUGAGCAAGCAGUGCCACUCUGCAUAUUGUGCACAAAAUACAUUCUCACGGGUGCAUUCUUACAGUAGUGAUUGUAGUCUAAGGCAGAAAACCCCUGAAGCUGCAACUGCUAAUUUUUAGUAAUGAUUUUUAAUGUUAUAAAGAUGAGAAAAAUUAUCAGUGUAGAUCUGGU